AUGCAGAUGUCGGGGCUCGGGCCCCGCCCCCAGCAGCGCGUCCGAGCCGCGCGCGAGUGGAGACGAGCUUGGGCGGCGGCGGCCGAGGAGGAGCAGGGGGAGCAGGAGGAGGUGGCGCGGCAGGCGCGUGGCCGGCUGCUCGGGGCGGGGCUGGGCGGGGCGGGGCGGGGCGACGGCGGCGGUGGGCGGGACAUGCAGAUGUCGGGGCUCGGGCCCCGCCCCCAGCAGCGCGUCCGAGCCGCGCGCGAGUGGAGACGAGCUUGGGCGGCGGCGGCCGAGGAGGAGCAGGGGGAGCAGGAGGAGGUGGCGCGGCAGGCGCGUGGCCGGCUGCUCGGGGCGGGGCGGGGCGACGGCGGCGGUGGGCGGGACAUGCAGAUGUCGGGGCUCGGGCCCCGCCCCCAGCAGCGCGUCCGAGCCGCGCGCGAGUGGAGACGAGCUUGGGCGGCGGCGGCCGAGGAGGAGCAGGGGGAGCAGGAGGAGGUGGCGCGGCAGGCGCGUGGGACCUUGGGGUCCUCCCAGCCCCUGGUCAAGGCUGAAUCCUGGUGGACAGGCCGGCUGCUCGGGGCGGGGCGGGGCGACGGCGGCGGUGGGCGGGACAUGCAGAUGUCGGGGCUCGGGCCCCGCCCCCAGCAGCGCGUCCGAGCCGCGCGCGAGUGGAGACGAGCUUGGGCGGCGGCGGCCGAGGAGGAGCAGGGGGAGCAGGAGGAGGUGGCGCGGCAGGCGCGUGGCCGGCUGCUCGGGGCGGGGCGGGGCGACGGCGGCGGUGGGCGGGACAUGCAGAUGUCGGGGCUCGGGCCCCGCCCCCAGCAGCGCGUCCGAGCCGCGCGCGAGUGGAGACGAGCUUGGGCGGCGGCGGCCGAGGAGGAGCAGGGGGAGCAGGAGGAGGUGGCGCGGCAGGCGCGUGGCCGGCUGCUCGGGGCGGGGCGGGGCGACGGCGGCGGUGGGCGGGACAUGCAGAUGUCGGGGCUCGGGCCCCGCCCCCAGCAGCGCGUCCGAGCCGCGCGCGAGUGGAGACGAGCUUGGGCGGCGGCGGCCGAGGAGGAGCAGGGGGAGCAGGAGGAGGUGGCGCGGCAGGCGCGUGGCCGGCUGCUCGGGGCGGGGCGGGGCGACGGCGGCGGUGGGCGGGACAUGCAGAUGUCGGGGCUCGGGCCCCGCCCCCAGCAGCGCGUCCGAGCCGCGCGCGAGUGGAGACGAGCUUGGGCGGCGGCGGCCGAGGAGGAGCAGGGGGAGCAGGAGGAGGUGGCGCGGCAGGCGCCCGGCUGCUCGGGGCGGGGCGGGGGCGACGGCGGCGGUGGGCGGGACAUGCAGAUGUCGGGGCUCGGGCCCCGCCCCCAGCAGCGCGUCCGAGCCGCGCGCGAGUGGAGACGAGCUUGGGCGGCGGCGGCCGAGGAGGAGCAGGGGGAGCAGGAGGAGGUGGCGCGGCAGGCGCGUGGCCGGCUGCUCGGGGCGGGGCGGGGCGACGGCGGCGGUGGGCGGGACAUGCAGAUGUCGGGGCUCGGGCCCCGCCCCCAGCAGCGCGUCCGAGCCGCGCGCGAGUGGAGACGAGCUUGGGCGGCGGCGGCCGAGGAGGAGCAGGGGGAGCAGGAGGAGGUGGCGCGGCAGGCGCGUGGCCGGCUGCUCGGGGCGGGGCUGGGCGGGGCGGGGCGGGGCGACGGCGGCGGUGGGCGGGACAUGCAGAUGUCGGGGCUCGGGCCCCGCCCCCAGCAGCGCGUCCGAGCCGCGCGCGAGUGGAGACGAGCUUGGGCGGCGGCGGCCGAGGAGGAGCAGGGGGAGCAGGAGGAGGUGGCGCGGCAGGCGCGUGGCCGGCUGCUCGGGGCGGGGCGGGGCGACGGCGGCGGUGGGCGGGACAUGCAGAUGUCGGGGCUCGGGCCCCGCCCCCAGCAGCGCGUCCGAGCCGCGCGCGAGUGGAGACGAGCUUGGGCGGCGGCGGCCGAGGAGGAGCAGGGGGAGCAGGAGGAGGUGGCGCGGCAGGCGCGUGGCCGGCUGCUCGGGGCGGGGCGGGGCGACGGCGGCGGUGGGCGGGACAUGCAGAUGUCGGGGCUCGGGCCCCGCCCCCAGCAGCGCGUCCGAGCCGCGCGCGAGUGGAGACGAGCUUGGGCGGCGGCGGCCGAGGAGGAGCAGGGGGAGCAGGAGGAGGUGGCGCGGCAGGCGCGUGGCCGGCUGCUCGGGGCGGGGCGGGGCGACGGCGGCGGUGGGCGGGACAUGCAGAUGUCGGGGCUCGGGCCCCGCCCCCAGCAGCGCGUCCGAGCCGCGCGCGAGUGGAGACGAGCUUGGGCGGCGGCGGCCGAGGAGGAGCAGGGGGAGCAGGAGGAGGUGGCGCGGCAGGCGCGUGGCCGGCUGCUCGGGGCGGGGCGGGGCGACGGCGGCGGUGGGCGGGACAUGCAGAUGUCGGGGCUCGGGCCCCGCCCCCAGCAGCGCGUCCGAGCCGCGCGCGAGUGGAGACGAGCUUGGGCGGCGGCGGCCGAGGAGGAGCAGGGGGAGCAGGAGGAGGUGGCGCGGCAGCCACUGCUCCAAGACAAGAACUCCAAUGACGAUAAUCCUGACGUCUUGGAUCCCUUUGGGAGAGCAAAGUGA